AUGGGAGUACAAAGUCAUUAGCUCCUCGAAUGUCAGCUGCUGUUUUACAGAAGAAUGAAGGAUAUACGUAUAUCAAUAAGGUUAAUGAGGAUGCUCUUCUCUCACCUGGGGUAAUGUCAAAGGUGCAUGGCAUAAGAAUAGACAAGAAGAGACUUUGGAGCAAGAGAAGAUGGUCAACAAUAGCUUUCAAAAGGAGACGACUUCUCCUUAAGAAAAGAAAGCAAAAGAGAGAGUAUUCCUUACAGUUGCGAGAAGGACAAACAUAUGAAAACAACAUAGAGUCUGCUGCAGAAGUUGACAUUGAAAGCAUUCCAGGUAAACUUGAUCCCAAGGAAGGAGAAGUUGUAGAGUUCGAUAUAGAAACAACUGGUUUGGGUCGUGACAGUGACCUUGUGCAGCUGUCUGCUUCCGAUGGUGACAGCGAAUUUAAUGUUUACAUUCAGCCAAAUCAGCCAAUUAGCAAGAAUGCUACAGCAAUAUCUGGAAUAACAUAUUCAUUUGAGAAAAACACUGUUUAUUAUAACGGCAAAGAGGUGGAAUCUAAGAGUUUGAGAUCAAGCUUAGUGAAAUUCAUUGAAUAUCUGCAAAGACAUGAUAACCCGAUAUUAGUUGGCCACAACAUUAUGUCAUAUGACAUACCUGUUCUUAGCAACAAAUAACAUGAGUGCAACAUGCUCUCUGAAUUCAUUUUACAUGUUUAUG